AUGUCGACGAAGGGCACGCUCGUUGUUGGAGACGUGCUGGGUGCGGUAGCUGCACGCAUCACGACUUUGUCUGGUUGUGAUGAAGCUGUCCACGAGAAGACGAGCUGA